AAUCGCUCAAUAGUCUUCUUACUAGCAUAUAUUCAAUAUUACAUAGUACAUAUCAUGUUCCUUUCUAACUCACUUUUCUAGCCAUUGGUUAAAAUUGUCCCAUGUUCUAAAGUACACUGAGUCUUCUUUCUCUUUAUCUUUAAUGUCAAUCUGUCCAUUUUUGCACAAUCUAAAAUUUUCUUAAUUAGUUCUUUCAAUUUUUCCAAUAUUGGGUAAAUACAAUUCUUGCUGCAGUUAAUACAUGUAAAAUUAUAUAUGUACAAUCUUUCUCGUAGUUUCCUCCUAUUAUGCCUAACAGAAACAGUUCUGGCUUGAAAUUAUAUGUUUUUUAGUCAUUUUUUCCAACCAUAUGUGUAUUUUUGACCAAAAUCUUUUAGAUCUAGGGCAUGUCCACCCAAUAUGAUACCUGGUUUUUGUUUACAAGAGCCACACUUUAGAUGGCCACCGAGCACCAGUUGGCCACUGGUGAGCCCAGGAAGAGCCAGAGGCUCUGAGGGAGGGGCGAUUUGGGGGGGGGGCGAAGGAGGCAAGUACCAGAUUCAUGACAGUCUUGCUCCCCCUUGGUGAAAGGAGCUUGGCUUCAGCUUCGAGGUGGACCUUGCCCAGGCGGCGCCAGGUUAUCCAAAGGAGAGGCUGCUUUCAAGCCCGCCUCUGCGCACCGGGAAAGCCGGCCAGUCAGAGGCGUCUGACCCUACCUGGGGAGGUGAAAACGAAACGAGCUGCAUCUAAAGCCUUCCCAAUGUCACUCCCCCCACCCAAUGGGUGAGUUUUACAAAAUGAGAAGGACGGAGUGUGAGUUGUGGAACUCGUAAAUUCUGCACGGGACGGACACGCGGGGGCUCAUCUUUGGUGAGGACAACCCAAGGCCGAGCCGUUGAAAGUCAAGACAGGCGCCGGGAAAGCCUCUAAUGCUCCUCCUUCCUCCUCUUUUCCCCGCAACAGCAACCAUGUCAGGUGGAUUGGGCUGAGAGAGAGGGACUGGCCCGAGGUCACCCAGCCGGCUUUCGUGGCUAAAGCGAGACUAGAACUUACGGGCACCCGGUUUCUAGCCUGGUGCCUUAACCACUAGACCAAACUGAUUCUCCAGCUCCUUCCAGACAGCGGGCCGUCUAGAGUUGAGGAAGGGUCCCAGUUCAGAAGCAGUCAGGCGGGGAGUCGCGGCAGGGUGGGCAAGCCGCCAGCUACGGGCUGGACAGGCCGGCGAAGGGCUUCCGGUAGCCCUCUCGACCCCUUCUCCUUCCCCCCCCCCGCAGGGCUCAUCAUUGCGCUCCUUCUCUGGGCGGAAAGGGCGGGUGCUUGGAGAAAGCGGCAGAGAGGAGGCGCGGGCGGGGCUUUCCCCAAGAGGGGGCCAGCGGGGAAUGCCCAGAGGAAGUGAAAGCAGAGCCAGCUGCUCCGGCGCCCGCCGGCAAACGCUCGACUUUCAGUCGCCCUCCGGCAAACGCUUCGGAUGGCCGAGAUGUUGGUGUCCGCGCUGGUGCUGCUGCCGCUCCUGCUGCCCUGCCUUCCGGGCCACGGUGAGCGAAGAGCCAUCGCGGCCACUGCCGAGCGGCCGACCCGCAGGAGGCGAGCGGGAGAGGGAGGGACGGGCGCAGGACCUGCUAACCGCCCGGGGCUGCCUGUGACCUCAGGAGGAGAGAGGAUCCUCGCCGCGCCCUCGGACCUACACUUCCAGGCCCGCGUCUUCCAUCACCUGCUUCGCUGGAAGCCGGGCCCUAAGCCAGGCGGCGGGAUCCUGUACGAUGUGCAGUAUCGGCGGGUCGGCGACGACAGCUGGAGGGCCGCCGCCAAUUGUACCCGGAUCGCACUCGACUUCUGUGAUCUCACCUGCGAAACGCAGCAACCCGCGGUUCACUACUUGGCCCGGGUGCGCGCCGUAGCCGGGAACCGCUCCUCCCCCUGGAUACGGACGCGCCGAUUUACGCCUAGCGAAGCAACUCUGUGGCUCUCCAAGGUGACCCUCUCCAGGAGCGGCAACCAGCUCCGUGCCUCCGUGAAGCUUCCCACCAGCUGCUGGGCCAACCUCACUUAUGAAAGCAGCUAUGAGGCAUGGGGGGAAUAUCUUGUCCGAGUCAGAAAAGUGUCCAACAAUCAAGAGCUGGUGCAUGUCCACAACAGCCUGGAAUUUGACCUCCCCCCAUUGCUAUGGGGGGAGCAGUACUGCAUCAGUGUAAAGCCUCGUGUGGCCUCCAGGCCAAAUGCUGCCGACUGGACAGAGGAGCAGUGUGUCUCAAUACCCCCCCUAGAAGAGCACAUUGUCCUUACCCCGAGUUUGGCCCUCCUGGGUCUUCUAAGUCUUGGAAUUCUGGGUGCAGGGCUGGGCUUGGCCUCUGCCUACAAGAAGAAGCCCACAAGGAUGCCUUCAGUCCUGAAAUCUCCCCUUGGGCACAGCUUCUGCUGGGGGCUGAUGGAGGAAAGUGAAAGCCGCAUACUACACCUGGAGACUGAGUCCAUCCAGCAGCUGUUCUCCCUGGGUCCACAAGAUCAUGCACACUUGGAGAGGAGAGGGAGCCAUCGCACUGGAGUGGCGCUUCCAGAGAGGAACUGCCAACGGGAAGAGGGCAGAGGGCCAAAGGAAGGAAGUGGCUGCAGUGCAGACAGUGGCAUCUGCUUGCGGGAAACCUCUGGCAGUGUGGGCAAUCUGCACUUCACUCUGGACAUUGGUCAAAAGACGGGCAUGCAGAAAGAGGCAGGCAGUUUGGGGGUAAAAAAGCAACUGGGUGAGGGGUUAGCAUCCAAGGAUGUGACUCAGGUCCAUUUUUCUGGGUACAGGCAACAGUCAGGAGCUCCUUUGGAUCCUGAGGAUUGCCUGAGGCCUCCCUCCAGCAUGAAUGGGGAGACACUUUCUCAUCCUAGUCUUCCUGCUGGCUAUUUGAAGCAGACCUUCCUCGGAGACCCCCCUGGCUUGCAGGGGAUUGUUUUCCCAAAGGACUUUCUUCAUCGUGUGGAUCAGGAGAAAGAGCAAUUCACAAGCAGCAUGUCCUUGGAUGUUGUGGGACCAUAGGAAUUGCCCUGCAAGUCAGCUCAGGGACUGGGCUUCUCUGGACAAGAGACAUACCUGCUGUUCCCCUCCAGUGACAGCUGAUCUGGAAUCCCAUCCCCAGAGCUUUCUUUCUCGGUGCUGGAUAUAAGAGGUCCGCUUCCUCCCCAGGAUCCACAAUGGGAGAACCCUGCAGAGAACUGAGAAUCUGUCUUGAGAACUGAGUGUACAGAAGGGGAGAGGGAUCCAGGAGGCAAAGCUCCUGAUAGCCUCAUUACAUUUUCUCUUCUUUUCAUUGGACAUAGCUCAAACAUUGAAAAUGGCACUCUCCUAUCUAUGAGGUUGGAGGAGAAACUGUGCAUUCCAAAUGCAGGAACAGAAACAAAUACAGUCCUCACUUAAUGAGCACAAUUGGGACCAGCAACUCCGUCACUAAGUGACGUAGUAGUUAAACAGGCCAUCAUGUGACCACAGCCUGUAUUUUUACUGCCAACUUCUCCGUUGGCUCUGCUUGUAUAAAGCUGCUGGGAAGCUCAUAAAUGGUGGGCUCAUGACCAUGGGACACUAUGAUAAUUGUAACUGCCCGCUAGAUGCAAAGUGUCCAAAUCUCAAGGACGUGUGUUUGGACACUGCAACAGACAUAAAUGUGAGGACUGGUCAUAAAGUUACUUUUUUAGCACCAUCAUCUUUUUGAAUAGUUGGUAAACAGGGCAAUCAUUAAGCAAGGAACACCUGUAGUAUAGCUCACUCUCCCUUGUUUUCUGAAAAGGAAAGGAAGACAAAAAGGGCCUUACACACAAGAAAGAGCCCAAGAAAAUGUGAACAAGUCUGUAGAGAGCUGUGCUACGAAAGGGGAGAGUGGAGGUUUCUAGUAGAAAAAAGACCUGCAUUGUAUCCUCUGCAACAGUUGGUAAAUGGGUGCCUGGGUGCAAUCCAAAGGGCCCAGAGCUGCAACUGGAAUGAGGCUCCAUCCAUUUCUCUCUAAGAAAUCACUUCCUCCUGCCCUGUUUUGCUUUUUCAAAAAUCUGCAGGAUUUUCCUGAUGGAGAAGCUGUGCAGUGAUCACUCUACUGGCCUGCAAAGAUCCAGAUCCAGACCUUCCUAAACAGGAGGGAACUGGUAUUAGAGGUCUGUCUGGAGUCCUCACCUAGGAAGGAACUGAAGCAGUGAUAAAGACUCAAGCCUUAGCCAUCUGGAUUUCAUGAAGGACUCUGGGUUGAGGAUGUGGGGGGUAGAGAAUCUGCUCUUGGUUUAGAAUGGAGCUUUCUUGGCUGGGCUCUGUGCAACAAAGGGAGGGGAUGCUCACCAAGCGGCUACUCAACACCACAUAAAGUCUUGCCCCACCAAGAGCUGUCCUCCCAGGCCAAGCUUCCUAAAGAGGGCAUCCCAGACUAUCUUUUUAUUUAUUUAUUUAUUUGUUUGUUUAUUUAAAGAAUUUAUAUGGCCACCCAUCUCUGACAGUGUGACUCUGGAGACCUUACAACAAAUGACUUACUAUCAAACCAACUUUAUUUAUUUAAUUUAUUUUAAACUCAGCUAAAGUAUCUUCACCAAUGUCUUUUGCCUUAUUUAAUAAAUAUUGUUUAGUUAUGUGA